AUGGCUUGUCGAAGACAAAGAAAAUGCGUUUGGAUUCAAUGUUUCGCCGUUCUUUGUUUAGCUGACUGGUCUGCAGCACAGAUAUCUUACUCCGUAUCAGAGGAGGUGGACAAAGGCACGUUUGUGGGGAAUCUCACGAAGGAUUUAAACCUAAACGUACAUGAACUGGAAUCUCGGAAUAUUCGCAUUGUUUCGAGCCACAAUAAGAGAUAUUUUGAGGCGAAUUUGAAAACGGGAAUUGUGUACGUUAACGAAAGAAUAGACCGAGAGGAACUUUGUCCAAAUACGGUAAAGUGUGUAUUAAACGUUGAGGCUAUACUGAGUAACCCCAUGCUUCUCCGUCGUAUUGAAGUGCCAAUUUUAGAUAUUAAUGAUAAUGCACCAGCAUUUCUUGAACAAUAUCAUAUUUUCAACAUAUCAGAGUCGACGUCCGCGGGGGAUAGGUACCCUCUACCUACAGCAAUUGACGCAGACACGGGCAGUAACUCGGUAAAGAGCUACAAGCUGAGUCCGAAUGAACAUUUCUCCCUAGAUGUGCAGAGCGGAGGAGACCAGAGUGUGUCUGCUGAGUUAAUGCUGCAAAAACCCUUAGACAGAGAGAAACAGCCUAUUAUAAAGCUAACUCUGACCGCGGUAGAUGGUGGAAAACCUCCGAGAUCAGGAACUUUACAAAUUGUUGUUAACGUUGUAGAUGUCAAUGAUAACACGCCAACAUUUAGCAAAACACUUUAUAAGAUUAGUGUGAAAGAAAAUGUUGUUAUAGGUAUGAACAUUUUAACGCUGGAAGCAACAGAUGAAGACGAGGGUCAGAACGCUGACAUUAUUUAUAGUUUUAUGAAGCGUGGUGGGAAUGCUGCUGACAAAUUCUCAAUUGAUUCAAAAAGUGGUGCAAUUACCGUAAACUCUUAUUUAGAUCACGAGGACAACGCAGCCUAUGAACUACGUGUACAAGCAACUGACCAGGGACAUUCACCCCGCAGUGGGUAUUCUAAAAUAUUAGUUGAAGUUAUUGACAUAAAUGACAAUGCCCCAGAAAUAUCAGUGACGUCACUCAUGAGCCCAGUAAAAGAGAAUGCUGAGAUAGGAACAGUGGUUGCUUUGGUCACAGUGACAGACAAAGAUGGAGGGAAUAGUGGUAUAACAAACUGUAAGCUACGUGGUACUACUCCCUUUAAACUGAAGUCCAAUUAUAAAAAUUAUUAUUCUUUAGUGGUAGAUGAUUCCCUAGACAGAGAGAAUGUUUCUCAGUAUAACGUCACCAUUACAGCUGCAGAUGAAGGGACCCCACCUCUCUCCAGCACCAGCGUUAUUACUGUACACGUUUCAGAUGUCAAUGACAAUAUGCCACAUUUCUCAGAACAGAUGGUUAAUGUUUAUGUUAGAGAGAACAGUCCAGUCGGAGCUGUGGUUUAUACCUUAACGGCUUUUGACCCCGACCUCGAUGAAAACGCAAAGAUAAUUUACUCAGUGGACAGUUCUUCUAAAAGCUUUGAAAUGUCUUCAGCUGUCAAUAUAAACUCAGAAACCGGUGACAUUAUCAGCCUGCAGUCUUUUAACUAUGAAGAGUUAAAAACUUUCCAAUUUAAAGUUCAGGCCACAGACUCUGGUGUUCCUCCGCUCAGCAGCAACGUCACCGUGAACGUUUAUAUCCUGGAUGAAAAUGACAACAGUCCCGGGAUUCUCCCACCCUACGCUGAGCACGGCUCUGUUAACUCUGAGAACAUUCCCUACUCUGCUGAAGCGGGCAACUUUGUGGCCAAGAUCAGGGCUGUAGACGCAGACUCUGGCUACAAUGCGCUGCUUUCUUAUCAAAUAUCUGAGCCCAAAGGAACCAACCUCUUCCGCAUUGGAACAAGCACUGGGGAAAUACGGACUAAGAGGAGAAUGAGUGACAAUGACCUGAAAACUCACCCGUUGGUGGUGUUGGUUUCUGAUAACGGAGAGCCCUCACUGUCAGCAACGGUGUCUAUUGAUGUAGUGGUGGUUGAAAGCACAGGUGAAAUCCAGACUCAAUUCAAACAUGUACCUCUAAAGGAGGACAUCUUCUCUGAUUUAAACCUGUAUUUGCUGAUCGCCAUUGCCUCAGUAUCAGUGGUCUUUCUACUGAGCCUCAUCAGUUUAAUAGCUGUAAAAUGCCACAGGACAGAGGGCACUUUCAACGGAUACAGCCCCCCAAUAAUCACCACACACCCUGACGGGAGCUGGUCGUACUCUAAAUCUACUCAGCAGUAUGACGUGUGUUUCAGCUCAGACACACUGAAGAGUGACGUGGUAGUAUUCCCUGCACCGUUUCCACCUGUAGAUGGGGAGUUGAUCAGUAUUAAUGGAGGAGACACCUUUAACCGGACACAAACAUUACCAAGUAAAGAGAAGGUAAGAUAG